AUGAUGAAAGCGACGAUUGAUCGGGACUGGAUCGCACCGGUGAUUUCGUCCUGUAAUAUCCGGACCAUUCCAAUCCGGGAAGCCCAGAAGAUGUUCCCGCCCCCCAGACCGCCUUCCCCGCUCUCUCGCGCCCGCGUCCAGAAGGCCAGACUGGCCGCUAACCCCGACGUGCUCUCCGAGAAAGACGCGGCGGUCUUGAUGAGCUUGCAGAACUUGCAGGCUGCACCCGGUAAUCGCGUCCUUGGGGCCACUCCCCCUAUCAGUCCUUCUCCUCAUCAUAAGUCUCCUGAAAACGCGUUGAGACCUAGGAGAAGUACGCAGCGUCCUUCGCCUGAAAAAUCUAGCAAUCAUUCGCAUGCUGAAGAAUUAACAACAGAUGAUAAAGAAUUGUUACGAUGGAUCAACGAGCAGGUCCGAUCCCACCCGAACAAUAAGAGUCCGACCAGGUACGAAGCCACGGAUUUCUCGGACUCGAUCCGCAACGGCUUGGUCCUGGUCCGACUGAUCGAGAGUCUCACUCACUCCCACUCGGGCAUCCUUGAUCAUGAGUUCAUCGAUAUCGACUCGCACUCCAACGUCAGGGGAUCCUUCAUUCAGAAAGAUGACGACUUUGACGUCUUCUUCUCUAUCUUCGAUUAUCUUAAUGCUCAGAAUAUCCCAGAGACAGGUGGCUUAUUUGUUGGCCGUCCUGUCGAUCAGGUUGGCUGGCUAUUCGCUCAACGACUUGAUCUCGGGCGAUCCGGUUAA